ACAAGUUCCAGCAGAGGGUGUUUGAUCAACUGUGGCGAAAUGAAUUGUUUUACAAGUUACGUUUUUCUGGGUCUGGCAGCUUCAUGUCUGGUAUUGCUGGAUUUACGGAAGAACAACUACAAAAACAAAAUGUUGUCGUCGGAAAAUGUGCUGAUGAGCUCGGCAUAGAGUUGAACAGUGAUUUUACGGAACAAUGGACAUUCAACGGAAACCUUUUCCCGGAUGAAGAAACACCGAAGAAAUUUGUCGUUUGCAUCGUCCGUGCUCUCGGCGUGAUGGAUGCUGAUGGUACGUUCAAACUUCAAGCCUUGGUUGACUUUCUGGGCGACAAUCAUGACGUUCCAGCGUUAAAAAAGCACACUACUAAAUGUAACAUGGAAGGAGGAGAUACCGUCGAAGAUAGAACAUACAACAUCUACAAGUGUUUCUGGGAUGAAGAAACAAAGCAGACCUUUAAAAUAGAAUAGAAAAUUCGAAAAAUAAAAAUAAUCGACCAACGUGAUGUUCAGCACUCCUAAUUUCAAGCUACAACAAGUUACGCGAAAAACCAUACUUAAAAAUCGAUUUUAGAUUGAAGUAAGUACUGUAUAAUUGAGAAUUAGUUAGGGAAAACCAAUGAAAAUGUGAUUUCUUUCGUUAAAAACUGUAAACAAAAGCCAUCUAAAAAUGCGGGAUUUUUCGUAAUGAACGAAAAUAUGUUUCAGUUUAAUGUGAAGGCCUACACAAUUUUGUAUAUCAUUCGAUUACAAUUUUACAAUCUCCGGAGACGUCUAAAAGAAGCAAUAUUAAAAAUUAAAUUUUGUUUACAUAUUUUCAAAUAAACCAAAAAUCAAAGUGA